ACGUAUGUAACUGUUAACAAUGAUGAAGCAUAAAAUAGUUGAAAAUUUUUUCUUGGCUUUGCAAGCUACCAGCUUACGUCUCCUCUUCGACAUUCUUCGCGAUGUUAUCUUUCUAUUCCCAAGAGCUCCUUCUGUCUGCGAGAGCGCGCAGACCGGACGCGGCGGAGUGCUCGGCGAGAAUCUACUAGUCACCACUUCGUAUCAAUAUGCAUUAACGUGAAUUUUUUCAGUCAGACUCUGACUCGAGUGCCUCUAGUAGCGACUGUUCGUCGACGCGGAGCGGCGGCGAUUUCGCGCUCAUUCGUACGGAAAUCUCACGUGGGUCACAGCAGCACAAGUACGCAGCCAUGACGUCCGGAACAUGGAUCUCACAUGUGUGUAUGUGUGCGUCACGAUUUCACGCGAAAUCCCGUAGAUCCGAGAGGAAGCAUUGCGAGUCAAGCUAGAGUCGUGCAAAAUAUCGGAAAAUGGAUAAUCUUGUGUCGCACAGAGUGAAGCACAAAAAGUAAAACUAAUAUUUAGCUCUAACUUGGUGUAAUUUAAUCUUGAAUUUUAUGUCAAUGCAGGUCGCGUACAUUAUUUGUAAAUCAAGAACGCGCGACUUAUCUAGUUUUAAGAUCGUCCCUCAUGGGAUAUUGGAUUAUUAUCGAACAAAAAAAAAAAUUGAUGUGAGAUAAUUGACAAUAUGUAGUCUCAUUAUAUUGUAUUGUAAUCUCAUAAUUAUUGGCAUGUUUUAACAACUGUAAAUGCUGCCUUAUGAAUUUUAUAUGAACUUCACUGAGAGGCUUGUGUACGAUCACUCGAACAAACGCAGAAGUAGAGCUCUAUUGAACAA